CGACGACUACUUUCGCCCAGUUCACCGCGGAAGACAUUCAAGAUGCCGGUAUGUUACCUUCUUUUUGGUUUCAUAGGAAUCUUUAAAUCAAGCGAAAGAGGAGGGAAAUAUGAAAUACCUAGAUUGAUGCUGUUCGGAUACGAGGGUGAUUCAGUUGGCGACAUCCACUGAAUCUUUCAUCCGAGCCGUCAUGAAACAUCUGGAUCAUCCGUAUCUUCAGUCGAGAUAAUUUAGAGGAAUUUCGAGAAAUUUGGGCUGGAACGCUCGAGCUUAUAUGGGAUUCGAAAUGGAAGCUGAUGCGAAUAUCUUCACAGAGCCACAAGACCUUCCGGACGAAGCAGAAGCUCGCCAAGGCGCAGAAGCAGAACCGCCCUAUCCCUCAGUGGAUCCGUCUCCGGACUGGUAACACCAUCGGCUACAACGCCAAGAGAAGACACUGGCGCAAGACCCGCCUCGGCUUGUAA